AUGCGCACACAAGAACAAAUAUUGAGAGAUCAAAAACAUUUAGAAAAUAUUGUUGAAUUUUUGGCAACGACACAAAUCGCCGAAUCAAAUCAUGGCAAUAGAAAUUAUGCCAAAGCAAGAACUAUAGGGAUGAACAAAUUGGCACGUAGCCUCCUUCGUUCAAUCGGAGAAGAAAAAACAAAUUUUAAAGAUGCCUUUAUAUGGAAAACCGAAAAUCCUUAUAGCUAUCCACCAGUUGGUGACGGUGGCGCUGACAGAGCAAGACACGCUAUGUGCAGUGUUACAAGGUUUGGUGCAAGAUGUGAUAAUAUGAGUGACGACAGCGAUAGUGAAGACGGUGAGUAGAGCAUUGUAUUUUGAUGUAUGACAUUUUAUUCCCCUCUUUUGCUUUCUUUUAUUUUUUUGCAUGAAAUUUCAUUCAAAUAAGUAUUACUUUAAUUUUAAAUUAAUUUGCUGUUAAUAAUUUAUUUAAAUUUGAAUUGUGACGUGAGGGAUCUCGAUGAGAUAUUUCAUCAGACAUUAAAACUAAGACAAAUGUAUAUGAGAUCAAACAAAAUCCUUCUUUUCUCCAUUAUUAGUCAUACUUUUGAUAGUAAUACGGGACAGAGAUGCACGGGGCAUUGAUUUUUCAUGCCCCGCGGGGCCCGCUCCGUAGAAUUCACAAACUCGUCCCGCCCGAACCCCGUAGAUUUUCUUAAUGAGAAUCCCCGCCCCGCCUGUGCCCCGGCAAAUCUAUACCCGCCCCGCCCGUACCCCGUACAGGCAGCUUCUUGGACCGCCCCGUCCGCCCCGCCAAUUUAGUGACGGGCCCCGACCCGCCCCCGUGUAACCCGAAGAAAUUUUUUAUUUACCAAAUACUUUAUUUUUAAUGAUGCAUUCCUUUUAUGAAUAAUCAGUUUUUACAAAAACAAAACUUAAGUAUAUAUAAGAUGGUUUUGAAUGAUUCACUUUAUGAUUGUCGACAAGCACGUAUUUUUCUAGUUGUUCUUUUAAAAACAUUUUUAUAUUUAACAAAUUAUAUUUAAUAUUACUCGAUAAGCAAUGACUGAGAGCUGAAGAAAUAAUUGUAGAUGAAUGAUUAGUAUUCGACGAAGCUGUCCUAUCAAGUGAUUCAUCAGGAGAUAAAUCAUGUAAUUCGAUCAUACUUAGGUCUGACCAAAAUUUCUGGCAACAUUAUAUAAAAAUAUAAAAAUAAGGCGGUAUCUUUAAUUUUAUUUUAUCAAAUAUUGAAGACAGUUGCCAUGAUUAUUUAUACCAAAUUCGAUUCUUUCAAACAAUUUGUUAAAAGUUUUUUUCGAAAAAAAUUUUAGAUAUCUUAGAUAUCGCAUGAGCUUAUCAUGUUUCAUUUAUAUAAUCAAUUAAACUACAUUUGGUAGAAUUAGUUAGCGAAAAGUUACAUAGUAUCAGGCCUGGCGAAUACGAUAGAUAUGAUAUUAUACUGAUGCCUUCUUCUAUCAUGCAAUUAAUAAAAUUAGAUGAGUAUGAAGUCAACGAUGACCGUCAAGCAAUUUUGUACAUUUUGAACCUGAUGUCUCUGUUUGUUUCCAUAUUUCAUUAAUAAAAGAUUUUGGAGAAUUUUCAGCAUAAUACUUGUGACUUACAGUCUUGCCUUUAUCUACACUCAGAAGUAUUUGAUUUAAAGAAUAUAUCAAACAAAGCAUUUUUAAAAAUCUUUAUUCAUGAACAAUAGUCUUUGACGAUUCAUCUUCAAUAAGCCAGCCAGCAUCGGAUAACUUAUGACUAACCUAUCUAAAAUAAAUCUAUAUCUCAUCACGAGCAGUACUAGAAUGCAACUGACAUGAUCGAACAAGGUUUUGCUAACAUUUCACAAUAAAUGAAAUAUGAUUAGCUCAUGCAGUAUCUAUGAUACCUAAAAAUUUUUUCGAAAAAGCUUCAAAAAAAUUUUAACCAAUCGUUGGAAAGGAUCAAACUUGGUAUUAAUAAUCAUGGCAACUGUCCUCAAAAUUUGAUAAAAUAAAAUUAAAGAUACCUCCGUAUCUUUAUAUUUUUAUUUAAUGUUGUCAGAACUUUUGGUCAGACCUAAGUAGUAAUUUACAAAAAAAUUCAAACGAUAAUUCUAAAUAUAAAAUAAGUUUUAGUCCAGCUAUUCACUUAAUAUAAAUUGAUAGUAGAAGUUACGUAUGACAUACGAUAAAGAAAGAAAGAAGCAAAUGGUAGACAAGCUUGUACAUAAUAGGAUGAAAGUAAUGAACCAAUCAAUAUGUACUUUGUACUACAUACCUACACUAACGACAUCUCUUGAUAAAUUUUGACGGUCCUUCAUCACACCCGAAAAAAAAUGAUUACCCGUCCGAACCCGUGACUUUCAUACCCGCCCCGCCCGAGACCCGUAUUUUUUAAAAAAAUUAUUCCCCGCCCCGCCCGCCCGUGGGCCGGAAAAUACCCGUGCCCCGUUAACCCCGUAUUUAAUUAAACUUUUCUUCCCCGCCCGCCCGUCGCCACGUGGCCCCGCGGGGCCCGCGGGGUGAACCCCGUGGACCGUGCAUCUCUGAUACGGGAAAAGGAUUCGAUCCUGAUCUAAUGUCCCCGCCAGCAUUAAAGAGGGGUUGGUGUAAAUUGAAUAACUGAACAAGGGCAAGAGCUAGCGAUCUAUGGUUUUCACGAAUCGAAAGAGGGAACCGGGGGACAUAUUUUGUCACGAUAUUGUUUCGGACAAAAUUGUUUUAGAUAGAGUUAUUUUUGUAAAUGUUUUCUGAGAAGACGUACAGAGGGUAUGCCAAUACAAGGAAUUUUUAUUUUGAUAUUCUCAUUAGAUAGAGGGACUUCAGAGCUACAGCUCAAGAUACAAUGCGCUUUCUUACUUUUCAUUACAUUUUCAUCGAAAUGUCAAGCUAUUGCGAUAAAAAGUGCGAAAACAGUAAAAAAUCAGCAAAAUUCCCUAUUUUUUGCGCAUGUAAAUACAUGAUUCCAUUUGCUCAACAUUAGAAUGUAUAAGGGUGUGGGUGGGUGUGGG